AUGAAUGAUCUAGCUCGAGCUUUAUACCAUCUAGAAACAGCAUUAAGAACACUAUUACGCUCACAAGCUGGUGACAAUCAUGUCGAUAUCGCCGCAAUACAAUAUAACAUUGGAAUGAUACAAUUAACGUUGGGAAAUCAUAUUAAAGCAUUGAAAAUAACUCAGAAAGCAUUGCAAAAUCAAUUAAAAAUACUUCCAGAAAGUCAUGAAAAGUUGGCUCAUACAUAUUUCUUAUUAUCACACAUAUGUCAAAAACAACAGAAUAAGUCAACUGCUUUGGAGUAUAUAGAAAAAGCUGUGGAAAUCGCUCGAAUUUCCAUUCUACUGCACAACAAGUGCAAAUUUGAGGUUUUUCAGUGCCAGCUAGAUUUAUUGAAAAAUGAUCAAUUUCAUGACGGUGCGACAUUUCAAGAAGUACGU